AUGCUUAACAAAGAGCUUGUACAUUUCGCGGAAUCAUCUAAAUCGGGUACACAAAUAUCGCAAUUUCUUAUCGAUACUUAUAUGGACAAGGAUGAUGAUGACGUAUCACAAAAUUUAAGGGUACCAGAUGAAAUGGCAUCGACUUCCUCCUUAGAUAAUGUUUCUGUUUCAUUAUUGGGAAAAGCAAAAACAGCAGCAAUAUCGCGAAUUAUCGGCAUAC